AUGACUACCUCUUCAUUUCCGAUCAUAAGCAAGCCUGCCAUUGAGGACAUGGAGACGAAGCCGAACCUUGACUAUGACAAGGUGCGCGGCAACUUCGACUGGCAGCAGAUGUAUGACGAACUCGACUGGCUGCCGGGCGGCGGUCUGAACAAGGCGCACGAGGCUAUCGACCGCCACGCGAAUGGGCGCAACCGCGACAAGAUCGCGAUGAUCUGGGAGGGGAAGAACGGCGAGAAGGAGACAUAUACUCUUCGGCAGAUGAAGGAGCAGUCGAACAAGUUCGCCAAUGUGCUGACGAGCUUGGGCAUCGAGAAGGGCGACCGCGUAUUCAUUUACAUGGAGCGGCUGCCUGAACUGUACUUCGCGUUCUUCGGCAUACUCAAGGUUGGGGCCGUUGCGGGGCCGCUUUUCUCUGCGUUCGGGCCGGACCCUGUCAAGGACAGGAUGCUGGACAGCGAGGCGAAGGUGCUCGUUACGCAGCCGGACUUGCGGCGCAAGAUUACGCCUAUCAUACCGGUACUGUUCGAGCUUCAGCACAUGGUCAUCGUGAACAAGAACAACCGCGACCCGCAGCCGUUGAUGUCCGGCGACCUGAGCUACGAAGAGGAGAUGUCGAAGGCGACCGCGAACUUCGAUACGGUUAUCACCAGCCAGUACGACUACUCAAUCAUGCACUACACUUCAGGCACGACCGGCAAGCCGAAGGGUGCGGUGCAUCGGCAUCAGGCGGUAGUGCAGCAGUACGCCACGGGCAAGUGGGCGCUCGACCUGCAAGAGGACGACAUCUACUUCUGCACGGCGGAUCCAGGCUGGGUUACGGGUACAUCUUACGGGAUGAUCGCGCCGUGGACGAACGGCGUCACCCAGCUUAUAUAUGAGGGCGGAUUCCGCGCGAGCAAGUGGUAUCAGCUCAUUCAGGACUACAAUGUAACCGUGUUCUACACCGCGCCGACAGCGAUACGAAUGCUGAUGAAGGCGGGCGAUGAUAUUCCCGGACGGUACGACAUGUCUUCGCUGCGCUUUAUGGCGAGCGUGGGUGAGCCGCUGAAUCCGGAGGCUGUUGUUUGGGGCAAUGACGUCUUUGGCAUGCCGUUCCACGACAACUGGUGGCAGACAGAGACGGGUGCAAUAAUGUGCGCGAAUUAUGCCUGCCAGGAUGUGAACCCUGGCUCGAUGGGCAGACCAAUCCCCGGCGUAGAGCUAGGCAUCGUUGACGACGAGUACAACGAGGUUCCGGUUGGAGAGGACGGCAACCUGGUGGUGCGCCCCACCUGGCCCUCAAUGUUCCACACGUACUGGAACAACACGGAGAUGUACAACUCGCGCUUCCGCAAAGGCUGGUACAUCACGGGUGACACCGCGCGAGUCGAUGAGAACGGCUACUACUGGUUCGUGGGCCGCGCCGAUGAUGUCAUCAACACGGCGGGACAUCUGGUGGGUCCGUUUGAGGUGGAGAGCGCGCUGAUAGAGCAUCCCGCCGUUGCGGAAGCGGGUGUCAUCGGCAAGCCGGACCCGAUCGCUAUGGAAAUCGUGAAGGCGUUCGUGUCGCUGAAGGAUGGCUACGAGGAGUCGACCGAACUGCGGCGCGACAUCAUGCGCUUCAGCAGACAGAAGCUGGCGGCUGCGGUCGCACCGCGUGAGUUGGACUUCGUGCCCACGCUGCCGAAGACACGCAGCGGAAAGAUCAUGCGGCGGCUGCUGAAGGCACGAGAGCUUGGGUUGCCGGAGGGCGACACCAGUACGCUUGAAGACGAUUAG